GUUAUUAGUAACGUAACGUUAGGAUGGAGACGAGUACAUUCGAGGGGGUCAGCUGACGCGAGAAGGGGCCCCCGGCGAUCAGUCCUCUCGCCGCUGCUUUCCGGUUGUGGUGGCACGCGAGCUCGUGAAAUCGGCUCUCGCUCGAUAUUGCGAUUAUAAUGGUUUCGUGUGUCCGUGAAGGGCGUCGCUUGUGUUAAACAGAUCAGGAGAAACGGCGACCGUUAAUUAUCCGGUGCGAAGGCGAUUCCCCAUUUAUUUUUUUCGGAUAAUAUAGUUUUCGGACUUCGUGAAUAUGUGAGAAAUCGAACGACAAGAGUCGGCCCUGAUAAUCCACGAUGAUGAUCGAGUAACGCAGAGCGCGCGCGUGCGUUUUAUUCACGAAUCUACGAUAAAGAUCAACCGAGAACGAGCGAAAUGAUAAGUGCGCGAUAACGAAUAAGAAGAGAAAGAAAAAGAAUCGAGAAUGCCGCUGUUCAAGGCGCGGGCUACGACGAGGUCGCCGAUAACGGAGAAAGCUGCGAACGGCGUGCAGUAUCGCAACCAUCAUCAGGUCGUCGAUGACAACAAUCAUGAUGGAGGCGCGAGCGAUAACGGUACCGGUAGCCGGCCAUGCAAUAAUAACGCUCCUCUUCAGCAUGAGCAGACGAGAAUCUCGUCCCGGGACUUGAAAUCGCCUUCGCUCGUCUUCCACUGCCAGCUGGCCCAUGGCAGUCCCACGGGUCUGAUAUCGGACUUUAGCAAUGUUCGCGAACUGUACCAAAAGAUUGCCGAGUGCUACGAUUUGCCCGCGGAAGAGAUUCUUUUUUGCACGCUCAACACGCACAAAGUGGAAAUGACAGAGUUACUAGGUGGACAAAUCGGUGUGGGUGACUUCAUAUUCGCACAUAAAAAAGGUCGGCCGAAAGAAAUUGAGCUGACGAAGACGGACGACGCAUUAGGUCUGACUAUCACUGAUAAUGGUGCCGGUUAUGCAUUCAUAAAACGUAUAAAGGAGGGCUCCGUGAUCGAUAGAAUAAAGGUGAUCGAGGUGGGCGAUCACAUUGAGAGGAUCAACUCGACUAGUCUUGUGGGCAAACGACAUUUUGAAGUAGCGAGGAUGUUGAAAGACAUACCAAAGGGCUCGACAUUUACGUUAAGACUAGUAGAGCCGCAGAAGAAUGGCUUCGGCAGCAUCGGACCGCGCGGUGAUCCCAGGAAAGGAAAGAAAGUUGGCUAUGGAUCCGGCAAGGAGACUCUGAGAUUCAAGGCUGAUGGUAGCACGCAAAUAAUACAACAAAUUGACGACGCAGCUGCGCUGGGUAUCGAGAAAAUCAACACCAUCUUAGAGAGCUUUAUGGGAAUCUCUGAUACGGAAUUAGCCACGCAAAUCUGGGAGCUCGCCGAGGGCAAAUGCAACAGCAUAGACUUCGCCGAGGCGAUAGACAAUUCCGAUUUGGAGGACUUUGGUUUCACUGACGAGUUCGUGAUUGAAUUAUGGGGCGCCGUGACUGAUGCCAGAGCGGGUCGACAUCGAUGACGAAACAAUCAGCGACGCGGAUAAGAAAAAUAAAUGGCUGAGAGCUAUGUUGAAACAAAAUUUUGUACGAAAUUAUUUGUAAACGAGUGCUCUUUUACGUGAAAAGUGACAUUCGUUUAUCUUUGUCUGUUACCAUGAUUCUAGAAACCUGAUGUUUAACGCUAGUUGAGAUGAUCCGUGCUUAUUCAAAAUUUUGAUUUGGUUUGCGUUAAUUCUAAUUUGAGUUUGUUGAAAAUAAUUCUGCUAAAUCUGUCAAUUAUAUUUAUAUUAACAAAAUUGAUUCUUAUGUCGCCAUCAAAGCAGUAACGAUUUCGCUGCAAUAUAUAAAUUCAUUAGUAAUAAUAUUUUGGUUGUAAAUUAUUUUGCUGUAGCAAAUUUGUGUUCCUAUGAAACAAAUUUACUCAAUGAGAUUUUUCUGUUUUACAAAUAUAACGAAUUUUGUUGUAAUAUCGAAUAAUAGAUUACGGGUAGCGAAAUCAUAUUUUCAUAGAAUAUGCAGUAACAAUUAUGGUUUUACUGUCACAGCGAAAAUCUUUUCAUUCAUGUAUAUACUGAGGUGAUAUGGAUUUUCUUUGUCACUUAUUUGAGUCGAUAUUGGCCUACGUACGCCUAAGUACGCAAAAAAUCUAAUAUUUGCAACGAUUAAUAUUAAUUAUUCGAUUAUAGCGUAAAUAUGUUGACGUAGCAUUAAAACAAAUCAUGCGUUAUCAUGUUAGACUCAAGUUAGUUUUGAUAUUUAUUCUAACAUGAACCAAUUAAUAUUCAUUAAUAUUGAAUAAGCUGUAUACAUAAAUGUUAAGAAUGAAUUAAUAUAUUUUGAUACAUAGGAACGAACAAGUUUAUGAUAUGAAUGUAUAAGUGUGCAAAAAAAUUAUUAUUUAAGAUAAUAAAGUCUUUGUAAUAAAUACAUAA